CAAAAAUCAAAGCUUUAGUAAGUAGCCAUUACCGGCAAACCAAUGAAAAUUAAACUCACCUCCGCCUCAUACAGUGUCCGCUCCAUCAAAUUUUCAUUUUGUUCGAAUCUUUUAGCAAAACCCAGAAAACCCUCUCUCUUUCUAGGCAGAGGAAUCGAAAUCAUUUUGUUCUUUUCGUAUUUCAAAGAUUUGGUGGGAAGAGAGGUGACGGUGGAGCUGAAGAACGAUUUGGCAAUCAGAGGAACCCUUCACUCCGUUGAUCAAUACCUCAAUAUCAAGCUCGAGAACACUAGGGUUGUCGAUCAAGACAAGUAUCCUCAUAUGCUUUCGGUAAGGAACUGUUUCAUCAGAGGCUCGGUUGUGAGAUAUGUUCAGCUGCCUCCAGAUGGUGUUGACAUUGAAUUACUUCAUGAUGCCACAAGAAGAGAAGCUCGCGGAGGCUGACAAAGCUUAUCUUGACAAGUUAAUGACUUUUUUUUGGCAUUAAUGUAGACAAAACUGCUAUUGGUUUGGGUAUCGAAAAUUUUGAUUCGACAAAGAUGAUGUUAUUCCUCAUGGAUG